AUGUCUACUCAAUCUAUUGCUAGCGAUAUCGAAAAGGGUUCAAACACCCACAACGAAUCUUUUGAUCCAGUCGGGAUCACCAAAGAAAUCGAUCCCGAACAUGAAGAAUAUCUUGUCAAGAGACAUGGUUCCGUCCAAUUAGAUCCAUUACCAUCUGCUGAUCCUGAAGAUCCUCUUAAUUGGCCAGAUUGGCAAAAGAACUACGAAAUCUUAUUGAUUGCUUUUGGUACUUUUUCAUCCACUUUCAUGGCUGCUGGUUUGACUCCAACUUUUGAAAUCUUAGCUGAAGAAUAUGGUGUUGAUUUACCUACUGCUGCAUAUUUUACGUCUGCUCAAAUCGCUGCUUUUGGUGUCUUCCCAUUAUUAUGGGUUCCUUUAAUGAAUACCUAUGGUAGAAAACCAUUUUUGACUUUUGCUGCAUUGGCUUGUUGUAUUUUAAACAUUGGUGGUGGUUUUUCAAAGACUUAUGGUCAACAAAUGGCAACUAGAGUCUUAGUCGGAAUUUUCAUUUCAUCUGCAACUGCUGCUGGUUCAUCUGUUGUUGGUGAUUUAGCUUUCGCUCAUGAAAGAGGUAAGAAGAAUGGGUGGUGGUCUUUGGCUUUGGUUAUCGGUACUCCAGCUGGUCCAUUUUUCACCGGUUUCAUUCAACAACAUGCUGGUACGAAAUGGGUUUUCUUUGUUUUUGCAAUUAUGAACUUUGGACAAUUCGUAUUAUGGAUUUUUGCUAGAGAAACUAUUUAUACUAGAACUAGUCCAUCUUAUUAUUCAGCUGGAUUAUUAAAAUACAUGGGUAUUAGAAAAUCCGAAGCUAGACCAUUCUCAUGGAAGAUGUUCUUUAGACCAUUGAAACAAGCUGCAAACUUCAACAUCACUUUGGCUGUCAUUGCUGCAUCUAUUACUUUCUGUUACGCCAACAUUGUCUUAGUUGUUGAAAUGCCACAAGUCAUGGUCCCAUUGUUCCAUCUUGACGCCCAACAAAUGUCUUUGCAAUAUAUCUCAAUUAUCAUUGGUUCCAUUAUUGGUGAAAUCCUUGCUGGUCCACUUUCCGAUUGGUGGAUGAAGAGAAGUAUUGCAAAGAGAGGUGGUAAGAGAGUUAUCGUUGACAGAUUAUGGAUCUCUUAUAAUGGUUAUAUCUUAGUCAUUGUUGGUUUAAUCGUUUGGGGUGUCUUCUUGUACAAAGCUGAACCAGGACACUGGUCUAUCAAACCAUUGAUCGGUGCUGCUAUUGCUGCUGCUGGUAAUAACAUCGUUGCCACUGUUAUUACUACAUUCGCUAUUGAUAGUAAUCCAACCAGGGCAGGUGAUAUUGGUUUAUACAUUAACUUUGUUAGAUCCCUUUAUGGUUUCUUAGGUCCUUUCUAUUUCCCAUACAUGUUUGAAAACCUUAACUUUGCUGGUUCUGCUGGUUUGAUGUGUGGUCUUGUAUUCUUAUUUGCUUGGGUUCCAACCGCCGUGGCUCAUAUUGUUGGAGUUAGACGUGAACGUCAACAAAAGGAUUAA